UCCAACACAACCACUUCAUGAAUUUCACUCUGUUUUUCUUUUUGAGAUGACUUGGCAACCAUGAACAAGUAAUGGUCCGACAGACCACAUCUCAUGAGCCAUUUAAAACCACCCCUGUUUUUGCUCCAUUAUUUUGUCUAAGCAUCAAAAAGCCUAUCUUUUCUCAACCGUUUUCCCAGAAGUGGAAAAAUCAGUAUGACUUUUCAAACAAAACCCAAGUGACAAAAGUAAGACCGUUGAUGGAUCAUUCAUUAAUCCGUCAAAAUCAGAGACACAAAAUUUCCAAUUUGUGGGACCUUCUAAUAUAUACAUAAUUAAAUGUAAGAUUGAGAUUUAAUAAUGUAAAGUAAGAAAAUUUCUGGCAUUUUCUCGUGAAGACGAAGCGCUAGGAGCGUUUUUGCAGUUACCCCUCACAAUUCGCAUCCACUUGAACUAACUCUGUUUCCACUUUUUUCUCUCUCUCUCUAUAAAAAUUCUCCUAGCUCUACAGUAACUGAUCAUUCACUUCAACUGAGGUUUCUUCUAAUCGAUCAAUUGCAAAUGGGUUUCUGAAUUUUUGCCAGAAUGAGGUUUGUAACAGGGGAAAAUCCGAGUUCCACUCCGCCAAAACUGUCUCUGUUUUCUUUGCCAAGACAGCCGCCGGAGCCACCGGGGAUGGUAACGCCGCCACUGCACGCGUCAAUUUCUGUGCCGUUUCAGUGGGAGGAGGCGCCGGGGAAACCGAGACCGUUUGGGAUUAUUGAACCGAAUUCAAAGCCCAAAAGUGCAAGAUCAUUGGAUCUGCCGCCGAGGCUGUUUGCCGACGCUAAAGUGGCUCACUUUGCCUCUCCGACGACCGCCGUGGACGAACCCAUUUUCGGUCGAGACCUGUCUUCCAGUUUGUCGUUUAGGUUCCCCGACACUUGGGCAGAGACGGUGAGGGCGACGGCGACGGCGACAGCCACAGGUACGAGAGAGGGGAAGGAUGGUAAAUAUGUCGGGUCUAGACGGUGGAUGAGCUUCAGGAAGAAUAAGGAGAUUCCGAAGAGUGGGUCUGAAAUUGCUGUCACGGGCGGCGGCGACCGUAAUGUUGGGAGUAGCGACGGAGAAACAAGGGUGAAGAUCACAAGGUUUAGGAGUAGAAGAAGCUUUUUUAGGAAACCGAAUUCAAAGUCGCACUUUAUUGCAAAUAUUUAUGGGAGCUUGAAGCAAGCUAUUUCUUGGAGACGCAAAGGAGAUGAAAUGGAAAACAUUUCACCAUCAUCAUAUAAGAACAAAAUACAAGUCUAGAUAUAACUCAUUAUUAUAUUACUUGACUUUCUAGGUACUAGGUAGGCCAUGAUAUUAUAAUUUUUCCAUUUUAAAAACGUUACUUCACAACUAUGUCACUUUAUACUACUUCUAUCUUCUAUCGGUUUACAUUGUAAAUAUCUUUAUCUAAUACAAUUUUAGUGUGUCUUCCCCUUGUAAUCAAUCUUCAAUCAAAAUUUGAAGUUUGAAUUAAA